AUGUCGUCCUUGUCGCGCGUCCUGCGGCCCGCGCUGCGCGGCCCACGCCGGCUUGCCGGGUCCGUUGCCACCGCCCAUCGAGCGGCUGCUCGCCCGGCCACCCCAAGCACCAUUCUACAAAGCCGCCUGUCCACCACGGCGGCUCGCCGCUCCGGGACGGCGGUCGUCGACAUCACCGACAUCCCCCCCACGCCCAUCAGCCACCUGUCCGAGGUCGAGGCCGCCAUGGCCGAGUCCGUGGCCAAGUUCGCCAACGACGUCAUCCUCCCCCGGGCGCGCGACAUGGACGAGGCCGAGGACAUGGACCCCGACGUCGUGCGGAAGCUCUUCGAGCAGGGCCUGAUGGGCGUCGAGAUCCCCGAGGAGUACGGCGGCGCCGGCAUGAACUUCACCGCGGCCAUUGUCGGCAUCGAGGAGCUGGCGCGCGUCGACCCCAGCGUCAGCGUGCUGGUCGACGUCCACAACACGCUGUGCAACACGGCCGUCCUCAAGUACGGCUCCGAGGCCCUCAAGAAGAAGUGGCUGCCGCGCCUGGCCACCCAGACCGUGGCCUCGUUCUGCCUCUCGGAGCCCGUCUCCGGGUCCGACGCCUUCGCCAUGGCCACGCGCGCCGAGGAGACGGCCGACGGCGGCUUCCGCAUCAACGGCGGCAAGAUGUGGAUCACAAACUCCAAGGAGGCCGACUUCUUCAUCGUCUUUGCCAACCUCGACCCCGCCCAGGGCUACCGCGGCAUCAGCGCCUUCGUCGUCGAGAAGGGCACGCCCGGCUUCUCCGUCGCCAAGAAGGAGAAGAAGCUGGGCAUCCGCGCCAGCAGCACCUGCGUCCUGGCCUUUGACGACGUCGUCGUCCCCGGGGAGAACCUGCUCGGCGAGCGCGGCCAGGGCUACAGGUACGCCAUCAGCCUGCUCAACGAGGGCCGCAUCGGCAUCGCCGCCCAGAUGACCGGCCUGGCCCUGGGCGCCUUCGAGAACGCCGCCCGGUACGUCUGGAACGACCGCAGGCAGUUCGGCUCCCUGGUCGGCGAGUUCCAGGGCAUGCAGCACCAGAUUGCCCAGGCCUACACCGACAUCGCCGCCGCCCGCGCCCUCGUCUACAACGCCGCCCGGAAGAAGGAGGCCGGCCAGGACUUUGUCAGGGACGCCGCCAUGGCCAAGCUGUACGCGUCGCAGGUCGCCGGCCGCGUCUCCGGCCUGGCCGUCGAGUGGAUGGGCGGCAUGGGCUUCGUGCGCGAGGGCCUCGCCGAGAAGUUUUGGCGCGACAGCAAGAUCGGCGCCAUCUACGAGGGCACCAGCAACAUCCAGCUCAACACCAUAGCCAAGCUGCUUCAGAAAGAGUACACCUCCUGA